AUGGCGCUGUCCAUGGAGCUGCGCUGUUGGGGAGGCGGCUGGGGUCUUCCGUCUGUCCACACGGAGUCCCUCAUCGUGCUGGCUUAUGCCAAGUUCUCUGGAGCUGAAGUCGUGACUUCUCCCAUCGACUGGACAUGGAAAACACUCACAGCAACAGUUCCGGAGUUGGCGUGUGGAGAGUCAACGGUCACAGAUCCCACACAGAUUCUCAACUUCCUCAGAAAGCAGCGAUUCAAUGCAGACUAUGAGUUAACGGCACGUCAGGGUGCAGAUACUCUGGCUUACAUAGCCUUAUUGGAGGAGAAACUCCGGCCAGCUUUGUUGCAUACGUUCUGGGUGGAUGCAGAAAACUAUGCAAAUGUGACAAGGCCCUGGUUUGCUUCACAUUCUCCAUUUCCACUGAACUUUGUGGUCCCUUGUCGCCAUGCCAACCUGGCCAUCUCCAGGAUCCUACUGACGAAAGGAGAGUCUCCGCUGAACAGAAUCAAUGAAAUCGAGGCCAAGCUCUACACUGAUGCUAAAGAGUGCCUUAAUCUGCUCUCAUACAGACUGGGAACAGGAGUCUACUUCUUUGGCAGCUCGCCGACCAGUCUAGACGCGUUUGUGUUUGGCUUCUUGGCCCCGUUGUGCAAAGCCAGUCUCCCGAGCAGUCCGCUGCAGACUCACCUCAGUCAGCUGGAAAACCUCACUCAGUUUUGUGAGAACAUUCUUGCUCUCUAUUUCAGCUCUGAUCAACCAGCUUCUCCUUCAGUUCAAGAAACAAAAGAUGCCAAUCUGCAGAAACUGACCCAGCUCGUAAACAAAGAAUCCAACCUCAUUGAAAAGAUGGACGAUAACCUUCGCAGCAGCAGUCCUCAGCACAAACAACAUCGCCUAGAUCCCAAGCCCAGUUUGGCAAAUGAAAACUCCACUCCGGCAUAA